GCUAAAUACCCCUCGGUCCCAUCUCCGCUGACAAGCCUCCCGAGUACACGUGCAGAUGCCCGUGGACGGUGUUGAAGGCCUCUUUCCGGGGUCAAUUAGACCGAAGCGAGUGGGGAGAAUAGCAAUUCUAGUGGACUCGGGCCGUGAACAACAAGAGUCCUACUCGUUGUACGGAGUACUACCUUUGGAAGCCUAGGUCGAGCUGCUACGAUAGCAUACUCCGUUCGAUAACAGGAACAGUCCCCGCAGUCAGGGUAAUUUCUCAAAUUAAACGCGGUAAAUUUACCCUCAUGCCCCUCUAUGAAAUCACAAGAAACCCCCUCCAGCUGGUUCUUCUUAUUACCAUUCAUCUUUCUCAUUCCUUUCUUCUCUGUAUUAUCUACAGUACCCAAUUCAUCCUGGGUGACUAGUCAUUACAUCUACUCUUGUACUAACUAGCCUGCUUGUAAACGCACGAUUACCCCGCCAUGGCAACCCCGCAGGAGCUUGUCCCCCAAACGGAAUCCAUCGCUGAGGUUUAUGCCACCGACGACGUCUCUGCCACAACUGCCGCUCCUGAGCACUUGAAGCGCUUCAAUGGCUUGGUGUCUCGGUUUCACAAAGUAUACAACCAUCGUCCUGAUUUUGUUGCCCGCAGUCCCGGUCGCGUGAAUAUCGUCGGUGAGCACAUCGACUACAACCUUUACGACGUCCUGCCGACCGCCGUGAGUGUCGACGUGAUCAUCGCCGUCAAGGUCGUUCCCUCCACUGGCUCAGAAUCAACUGUGAAAAUCUCCAAUGUCUUGCCGGAAAAGUUCCCAACGCGAGAGUUUACCGUGCCCCAAGACUCGGACGUGGAAAUCGAUCCUACGAAGCAUGAGUGGGUGAAUUAUUUCAAGGCUGGGCUGUUGGGCGCCCUGAAGUUCUUGCGCAAAAAUAGCUCUUUCGCACCUGCCAGCAUGGAGGUGCUGGUUGACGGCAACGUACCCCCUGGUGGAGGUAUAUCUAGCAGCGCUGCCUUUGUAUGCUCCAGCGCCCUCGCCGUCAUGAAGGCCAACAACCACGACGUGUCCAAGCAGGACUUGCUUGACCUAGCUGUCGUUUCUGAGCGUGCUGUUGGGGUAUACUCUGGAGGCAUGGACCAGGCCGCAUCCAUCUUCUCCCGCCGCGGGUACCUCUUGUACACGCAAUUCUUCCCCAACUUUGAAGUCCAACAUGUCCCUAUUCCAAAAGCUUCUGAAGAGAUUACCUUCCUUAUGGCCCAGAGCUUUGUCACGUCUAAUAAAGCCGAGACCGCUCCCCGCCACUAUAACCUGCGCGUUGCUGAAUGCACCCUCGCCUCCGUCGUCCUAGCCCAAGCAUUCGGUCUUAAGCUUCCCAAGGACAACAGCUCGCUCGGCUACAGCCUCCGCACCUUCCAUAACGAACUCAUGCGCAAGGAAGGCCGCCUUGCCGAUCCCCUCGAGUAUCAGAUUGACUCCGUCAUCCAGGCCACCCUGGAUACCCUCACCCAGGAACAUGGCUACUCGCGGGAAGAUAUUGCCAAGCUUCUCGGUAUCUCAGUCUCGGACCUCGAAGCGACAUACCUCUCCUCUUUCCCUGUACAAGCUGAGCGCUUCUUCCUGCGCCAGCGUGCCCUGCACUGCGCCAAGGAGGCGCGGAGGGUGCUAGACUUCAAGGCCUGCCUUGCGAAAGCAUCCACACUGGAUGAUAAGCGCAUUCACUAUCUCGGACAGCUGCUUAACGAGUCCCAAGAUUCUUGUCGUGACGUUUACGAGUGCUCGGCGCCUCAGGUUGACGAGAUCUGCGCAAUUGCACGCAAGGCAGGAACGCUGGGAAGUCGACUGACUGGAGCUGGAUGGGGAGGGUGCACAGUUCACAUGCUCCCGCAGUCGAGAGUUGGAGCCGUGACGAAGGCUCUGAAAGAGGACUACUAUCUCAAGUAUUUCCCCGAUAUUAGCGAGGAGAAGUUGGCUGAAGCGAUGGUUAUUUCCAAGCCUUCGAAUGGGUCUUUCUUGAUUACUGGAGCGGCUAUUUCUCAAGUUGAGGUCUAAAAAUGACCAGAGACGACGGGAAACCUAAUAACUAGAAACAUCUGCCCACGUUGUCAUGUAGUCUGGAAUGAUAUGUUAUGAUAUAACACAACACAACCCCUCCCUCAUCUUGACUGAUAUUGAUUUGUGCAGUCGCAUGCGAAGUUUUGUUCAAAGGACCGAGUCAUACACGUAAUAUCCCUGCACGGAUUUGGGACCUCAGAGCUAGCCGAGGGCCUCAACGCAGUGAGCCUAGUGAAAACUUUGGCUCAACUCGGGCGGCGCGAGCCCGCAUUUUAGUGCGAUAUCGGUGCCGAACUUUCGCGGGAGUGCUUUGCCUGGCAUCACGCAGAUAUCAUUGCGGGCCGGGAAAGCUGAUUGCGAUGUCCAACCUUUUGACUUCAAGAUUCGCCAAAGGCGCCAACGAGUGUGGUCUACGACCUCUUCUUCGCAGCUGCCUUACCGAAGAAAUCGCUCAUUUUCUUCAUGCCGGUGGUGUUGACCUUCUUCAACUCUCUGACACCCCUCGACUCUCCAGCCUUCUUCUUUUUCUCUUCCUCCUCCUUUCGGCGUUUCUUCUCGGCGCGUGCCUCAGCAACAUCAUCAUUCUCUGCGUUGCGCUUGCGGCUGAAGUCGCCAAAGGAUCGGGAGGCGAGUGCUUCUGCGCGCAACUCUGCAAGGUGCUUGAGAUGGUCGUUUAAUGGUUCGAAGUCAACCGGGGUCUCCGGGCCAGAUAAGAUGGUAUCAAGCUUGAUACUGAGUUCUGGAGAGACGUAUGUGGACUUCAGGAAAGAAAGAGCGGUGGAAAGUCUCUGAAGGCGGAUUAUAGAUUCAGGGCAGGCCUGUUGGUCAGGGAGAUCUUCCCCAGCUGGCGUUGGCGCUGAGUCGCUUACCGGUGUUGAAACAGACGUUGAGCUGGCGGUGGUAAUGGUGGUAGUUGUAGAUUGGGCGUCCCUGGCUUCUUUUGACUCCUCUUUUUCAUCCUCUUCUGGCGAUGGUAGGGAUGCACUCGUGGUUAUGUCUGUUCGAGUGACGGACAUCAGGGGUGCAGCUAAAGCCUGCUUAACGUACCGCUCCUCCAAGCUGCUUUUCAUCGCCUGCUUCCACCGAGUCGCAUACGCCAUCUACCCUGCGCAAUAGCGUCUCCCUAAAAGCUUCAUGGCACAGGAUAUACCGUAGAUGUUUGGGUAAAUCAUCGUGAGAAUCGAUGAUGUCGUCCAAUGGCUGGAAUAGUCUCUUGCCCUCAUUUGAAGAUGGAGAAGAACGAAGCAGGGGUAUCACGAAGAAGACGAUGUCAAUCGGGGUCGCGAUGGCGAGUUCAGCUGCUUUGGAGAUAGUUCCCUGUGCCUUCUUGCCGUCGCUUUGACUUGAGGUGUAUAGGAUACUCCGCGGGGAUUGUGCAGCCGACGAAACAACCGUGAACUCGUAGAGCCCUAGUUUUGGGCAAAAGAAGUAUCUAGUCAAGUCACCCGUUCGUGGGUUGGGUAAGGUAACAAAUCUGGCGUCUGGACUGGCAGAAGAGGGCAGAAUAAAGGCUUUGCUAGGUUUCGCAGUGGCUUUGGAAGGUUGCGGUUGCGGUUGCGGUUGUUCGCCGGAGACUGAUUGCUCCAGCGGAGGAGCGGAUCGCGUUCGCAUUUUGAGGAAUAUAACAGACUGAAGCACUCAAAAGAGUUUCAAUCUUACGUUCUUCCGUGGGCGUAUAGUCCAAAAAAAGGGACGUUGGGUGAACAAGGGAUGGAACCCGGAUAGCCCUGGACGCGUUCGCAUCGGCCCUUCUUUUCGUCGUGAUCGUGACGCGCGCGUCUGCGGCAAGAAUCUCCG